AUGAUCCGUUUUAUCCUGAUCCAAAACCGUGCCGGAAAGACUAGAUUGGCCAAAUGGUACAUGCAUUUUGAUGAUGAUGAGAAACAAAAGCUGAUCGAGGAAGUACAUGCAUGUGUGACAGUUCGAGACGCCAAGCACACCAACUUCGUCGAGUUCCGCAACUUCAAAAUUGUCUAUCGUCGUUACGCCGGACUCUACUUCUGCAUUUGUGUUGACAUCACGGAUAACAACCUUUACUACUUGGAAGCCAUUCAUAACUUUGUCGAGGUGCUCAACGAAUAUUUCCACAACGUGUGCGAGCUUGACUUGGUCUUCAACUUUUACAAAGUGUAUACUGUCGUCGAUGAAAUGUUCCUGGCUGGUGAAAUCCGUGAAACUUCUCAAACCAAAGUGCUCAAACAGCUUCUGAUGCUCACUUCUCUCGAAUAG